CAAGAGCGCGCGUCUCUGGCGCCACCCCAGACGCCACAUCCGGUCACCCGCCCCGCAGCCGCCGCCUACCCGGAAGUCGACGGUCUGACGUAGAAAAAAAUAAAAGCCCAAGGGGGCGUGUCCGUGUCAGCAGCCAAUGGGUUCCGCCCACCUCCUCCCGCCGCCUCCGAUUCGUCGAGUGGUGACUUGUGACGAGAGAGACGGGGAGCGGAGGGAGAUACGGAAGCCGGGAGGGCCGAGCCGCUCCGCGGGCCGAGCGGAGGCAGGAUGGUUUACAUCUCGAACGGACAAGUGUUGGACAGCCGGAGUCAGUCCCCAUGGAGAUUAUCUUUGAUAACAGAUUUCUUCUGGGGAAUAGCAGAGUUCGUGGUUUUGUUUUUCAAGACUCUGCUUCAGCAAGACGUGAAAAAGGGAAGAGGCUUUGGAAAUUCAUCUGAUUCCAGAUAUGAUGAUGGAAGAGGACCGCCAGGAAACCCUCCUAGAAGAAUGGGUCGAAUCAAUCAUCUGCGGGGCCCAAGUCCUCCUCCAAUGGCUGGUGGAUGAGGAAGGUAA